AUGGUGCUCUGCCUGCUCGUGUUAUUUGUAUUUUUAUCCCCAAGUUUAUCAGUCAGUUACCUGAAGUUUGAAAAAAUAAGUGGGGCUUCAGAAGAAUCACUGGUUUUUCUCAAUAAUGCUAAUCCAACAGCUAUUCUGGAUGCUUCAGCAAGUACUCAAAGAACAGUAUAUUUCGCUCAAAGAACUCCACCGGCUAGUCUUAAGUUAACGUUCGCUUGUCGUGUCAACAGGCAAGCGAAACCUCUGGAUAAGAUUAUGUUGUGCUGCCGCAGUAGCGUAGAAGACAAAAUACGUACUUGUGUUCAACCAAAGGCUGGAGGUCUAUUUUCCUGUCUAAAUACUGAGUUCCAUUUCAGCGACAACGGUUUGACUGGAGCGGAUUUUUCGAUUUCUUUGACACAAGAUAGUCCCUUAAGUAAUCCCAUCAGUGGACUUUUUUCAUGUGUUGUGGGUGCAGAUGAACUCAAUGUUAUUGAAUCAAAUGAAAUAGAAAUACGAGAUGCUGUUUAUCACAUUCUUCAGCUUACAGGUACUCCUUCUACAAACAUAGAUGUUGUUCCACCAAUAUCAGAAUUCCCUUAUGAAUUAAAGUGUGUAAAUGAUAUCAGCACUAUAUCCCGCUGGCCCUACUGGAUGCAUCAACUAGAUAGCAGAUAUGGACCAUACAGAUGGGGAUAUUGUCUGACUACAGGAAAACCGACUGCUAUAACUUGUUCGGAAAGGCAAGUUCAGUUUCCUCCGAAUUCUAUCAUCGAAUUUAUGAAUGGAAAUGGAGAGGACAUGAAUAAAAGAAUAACAGUCAACAUCACGAAACUGAAACUUAAUCAGGACUGCGAAUUAUCUAUUCGUUUGCAAUCUGCAUACGGUCAGUCACGCAUAUCAACGUCACUGAGAGUUGUCCCUAAACCUCAACUUACAAUAUCACCUUCCGACGAAAAUUGUAUAAAAGAAUGUGAUGAAACUCCAUUCAACGUUUCUUGUGCACUGGAUGAAGAUCUCGUACAAGAAUGGAAAUCAAAGUUCAGUAUUGAACCAUCGAUUGAUUGGAUUAUUCAAAAUCAUUGGACUAAAACACACUUGGAAUCUAGUGGUUUAGGACAAUUCAUCACUCUUAAUGGUGGACAUGGUAAAACUCUAACAGUUUGGCCAUUAGGUAAACCAGCUCCGAUUAUUGUAAAACAUGAAGACAACAACAAUAAACAACCAGAAGAAGGAGAAGAAAUAGUAGUAGCAGAUGGAAUAGAGGAGGAAAAAGAAACAGUUGAGAAGGAGGUAAUGAAUUCGGACAAUAAAUAUGAACCAGUUCAAAUGCCCAGUACAACAACACUAAGACAAUUUCUUACACAAAAAAUUGGUGGAUCUGAAGCUCAACCACCGAAAGAUUUAAUUUUAAGUUGCUGGAUACGUUUAUCAGUUUUCGGAAAUGAAGCUGAAUUUGAAACACCAAAUGGAUUAGUAUCAUAUCACUCCAUUGCUCGUCAAGCUCCGUCUAUACACUCUUCUGGUACAAAUCGUUUAAUAUAUGAUUCACGAUGGGAAACAGGCACUGAACUGGCGAAACAACUAACCGCUAUUCGUACAUUUACUCCUGAUAUAGUACCUGCAACUGCUAGUCUUGCAUGGAUUGCUGCUGUAAUAAUCGGUGUAAUUAUUCUUCUCGUUGUGUUGGCAUUGAGUAUAUGGUUGUGUACACGUGAUCGUGGUGAAACAUACAUGGUCUAUGAUAAAGAACGUGCACAUGGAAAUGAUCCACUACAAGAAUUAAGAGAGAAAGAGACAUUUCAAACAUUUCAAAGACAAGAAGAGCCAAGAAUUGCAACAAGUCGUUAUUCUUUAAACGAUGGCAGUGUACGUUAUGAAAGUGAAGAUGAUGGAGAAUUAGAUGAAUAUGCAGGUAUAGUGUAA